CUCUCCUCGCUCUCUCUCUCUUUUGUCGCUUCAUCUACUUUGUAAACUCUGUAACUUCGAAACCGAUCAAUCUCAUGGCUAACUCCUCCGCUGGCUCCGCCGCAGACCACCGCAACAAGCAUCUCUCCAUCAAUCCACCGCACCAGAUCUUCAAAGAUAUCCAGGGUUCUGACAAUGCGAUUCCUCUUUCACCUCAGUGGCUUCUCUCCAAACCAGGGGAGAACAAGACUGGAAUGGGAACUGGGGAUCCGAAUCCUUAUGGAAGCCACUCGGAUGUUGUGAGACCAACAGGAAAUGGGGAGGAGACACCAGAUAAUCUGAAGAAGAAAGAUGUUUUCAGGCCAUCCUUACUUGAUGCAGAAAGUGGUCGUCGUGAUCAUCGUUGGCGUGAUGAGGAAAGGGAUACUUUGUCCACAGUUAAGAAAGACCGCUGGCGUAAUGGGGACAAAGAGUUUGGUGAUAAUAAGAAGGUGGAUAGGUGGGAUAAUGUGGCUCCUAAAUUUGGAGAACCACGGCGUGGUCCGAAUGACCGGUGGACUGAUUCAGGAAACAAGGAUGCUGUGCCAGAGCAGCGGCGUGAGAGCAAGUGGAACUCUCGCUGGGGACCUGAUGAUAAGGAAGCUGAGAUUCCGCGUAAUAGGUGGGAUGAAGCUGGUAAGGACGGUGAAAUCAUUCGUGAGAAGGGUCCAUCUCUUCCCACUGGUGAUGGAGACCAUUACCGGCCCUGGAGACCUUCUCAAGGUCGAGGAAGAGGGGAAGCUCUUCACACCCAAUCAACACCGAACAAGCAGGUUCCAGCUUUCUCUCACAGCAGGGGGCGCGGAGAAAACACUGCUAUCUUUUCAGCUGGACGUGGAAGGUUGAGUCCUGGUGGAAGCCUUUUUACUAACGCGUCAAACCAGUCUCACGCCCCUGGAUAUUCCUCUGACAAGGUGGAAAGUGGUCCUGGAGAGCCUCCCCAUCUGAGAUAUAGCAGAAUGAAACUGUUGGAUGUGUACAGGAUGGCUGACUCAGAGUGUUAUGAAAAGUUUCCAGAUGGGUUCAUUGAGGUUCCUUCCCUUACGUGUGAUCAGCCAUCAGAUCCUCUGGCUCUUUGUGCUCCAAGUUCCGAUGAAGUGAAUAUUCUGGAUGCAAUUGAGAAAGGAAAAAUAGUGAGCAGUGGUGCGCCUCAGACAACCAAGGAUGGCCCUGGUGGACGAAAUCCAGUCGAGUUUUCACAGCCUAGGCGGACAAGGCCUGCUGGAAGCAGGGAAGAUAUGACAUUUGGUGUCGAGGAACCUAAAGAUGAAAGUGGAGAAACAAGGAACUAUCCAGAUGAUAAGUUUAGGCCUGAAGCUUCUCAUGAAGGUUAUGCACCUUUUAGGAAAGGCAAUGAGGUACCUGUCAGAGAACUGAAAGAACCCAGUAUGCAGGGAAAUACUCAUGUUCAAUCUGCCUCUCCAUGGCGUCAGCCUUCUGCGGGAGAAAGGUCGAAUAGGAACUCGCAUGAUUGGAAUGACCCUUCAGCUGAUAGCAGGCUGAAAUCUUCUGACAGUGUCUGGUCGCAUCCUAAAGAUUCAAUAAAUCAUUUAGGCGGCAAUAAUAUGAUGUUGCCACAGUCCAAAGGUGAAUCAAGAUGGCAAAUCAAUGAAGAUCCUGCUCUUAGAAGGCAGCCAUCUCUGGUGUUUGACAGGGAGCAGGAAGUUAGAAAGCUUCUGCCAUCUUCACCUGAAGAACUUUCACUCUAUUAUAAAGAUCCUCAGGGUCUAAUUCAAGGCCCUUUUUCUGGAUCCGAUAUCAUUGGAUGGUUUGAGGCUGGAUAUUUUGGUAUAGAUUUGCUAGUUCGUCUUGCAACUGCACCAAAUGAUUCUCCUUUUUCAUUACUUGGUGAUGUAAUGCCGCAUUUGCGGGCUAAGUCGGGUCCACCACCUGGUUUUACUGGUGCCAAGCAAAACGAAUUUGUUGAUGCCGCUGGUACAUCAGCCUUCCCUGGUGUGGGAAACGUUCAUUCUGGGAUGGGUGAUGCUGAGAUGGUGCAAAAUGAUAUGAGGUAUAAGCAUGUUACAGGGACUGUAGCAGAGAAUCGGUUUAUUGAAUCAUUGAUGUCUGGAGGUUUGAACAAUUCAGCUCAAGGUGUUCAAGGAUAUGGAUUAAAUAGUUCUGGUGGGUUGUCAUUACCAGUUACUGAUGGUGGGGCAGACAUGUAUCUCUUGGCCAAAAAGAUGGAACUUGAGCGGCAGAGAUCAAUACCUAGUCCAUAUUCAUAUUGGCCUGGUCGGGAAUCUGCAAACCUGAUGCCAGGAUCAGAGAAUGUGUCAGAAAAUGCUCAACAACCUGUCCGUUCUCCAAGUUCUGAUUUGUUGUCCAUCCUCCAAGGUGUAACGGAUAGGUCUUCUCCUGCUGUUAGUGGUCCUCUUCCUGCUUGGUCACAAUCCAAUCAAAAGGAAAGUGAUUUGGUUCAUGCCAACAGUUUCCAAACGCAAUCUCCCUUUGGGGUCCAACAGCAGAGACUGCCUGAGCAUAAUUUACCUUUGGCAGGUUUACUUGGUCAGCCUAUUGAAAAUAAUCCUGGUGGCAUGUUAUCUCCCGAUAUGAUGCUUGCCACUGGACUCUCUCAAGAUCAGCAAUCGCUCAAUCUGUUGCAGCAGCAACAGCUUUUGUUGCAGUUGAAUGCUCAGACUCCACUUUCUGCACAACAUCAGCGUCUACUGGUGGAAAAAAUGCUCUUGCUGAAACACCAACAGAAACAAGAAGAGCAGCAGCAGUUGUUACGACAGCAACAGCAGCUGUUUUCCCAGGUUCUUGCUGAUCAACAACGUUCUCAGCAAAGGUUUGGAGAGCCUUCUUAUGGGCAGUUGCAAGCAUCUUUUGAUGCGCUCAGGCUGCAACCCUCAAAUGAUAUGUCACAGGUCAAUCAGCAGAUGCAGGUUCCUGUUUCCCAUGAGGAGCGUGGUGCCAACUUAGCUAAUUUACUCCCAGUAACUCAUGCAAGUAAUCAGAAUGUUGCUUCGUUCGAAACCCCUUCUCGGAACGUUCAACAACAGCUAUUUGGUAAUGUUGACCCCAGGAUGAACGAGGGGAUGGUUCCGGCUGAUCGAAUGGAUGAUACCCAUAAAAAUGAUUCAAAAUCAGAAUAUGAAAGAACAGUUUCUGCAGAUUACAUGAACAGCAUGUCCUCAGAAAAGCCUGUUGUCUCACCUGCCUAUCAUGCUACACAUAAUGUGGAAGAACCUGUGAGCUGUCCAAACAACGAAAGAUCCACAGCUACUAUAACAGCUCCCGAAACACGUGAAAGUAAGUUGCUGGAGGAGCAGGCUAAGGACGUGUAUGCUGGACAGGGAGAGACCAGUAGUGAGUUAUCUGUGGAGAUUCCUGCAACUGAAGUUAAAAACAAUGAAGUUUCUGGAGGACGGAAGACUUCUGAGAAGAAGUCCAGGAAACAGCGGGCUAAGCAGUCUGCUGAAUUGGCUAAGAUAACGUCUAGAGCUCCUCUGCAAGAGGCGAAGCAACCUGAACCAGGAACUGCUGAUGAUUCUAAGAUAAAAGGAAAAACUAAAACGUUGGCUGACACUUUGAGAGACAGUGAUUCUCACCACAUUAUGAACUCCACUGCCACAGCUUUAAACACCUCUCAAGUGAGUUUCGAAGCAGAUUCAGUCAGGGGAGAAGAGUCUUCUCUGCAAAACACACGAACACAACCAGGACGAGCUUGGAAGCCUGCUCCUGGCUUUAAACCGAAGUCAUUGCUAGAAAUUCAAAUGGAAGAACAGAGGGAAGCACAAGCCGAAGCUUUAGCUCCAAAAAUUUCUACAACUGUGAGUUCAGUGGGUUCGGCUGCUCCUUGGGCUGGGAUUGUUGCCAAUUCAGAUCCUAACGUACUAAGAGAGACACAUGGAGAGUCACCUGUUACUCAAACCGGUGUUGGAAAGCCUGAAAGUGUCCCUGCUCUUAAGGCUAAGAAAAGUCACUUGCAUGACUUGCUGGCUGAUGAUGUUUUGGCAAAAUCCAGUGACAGAGAGAGGGAGGUAAUGGAAAUCAAUUCUGAUUAUGAUGCAUUUAUGAAAGUCACAACCACUAAUACAGAGCCUUUAGACGAUGAUAACUUUAUUGAGGCUAAGGAAACAAAAAAGAGUCGGAAGAAAUCUGCGAGAGCUAAGAAUUCUGGGGCAAAAAUUGCUGCACAUGUUCCUAUUGUAGAUACAUCCCUCCAAACAAACUCUGUUGAGAAGGGAAAAAGUUCUCGUGCUGUGCAGCAGCAGGAGAAGGAAGUUUUGCCUGCUAUUCCUUCUGGGCCUUCUUUGGGAGAUUUUGUUCUCUGGAAAGGAGAGACUGUUAACAAUCCUCCACCGGCUGCUGCAUGGUCUACUGGUCCUAAAAAGUCCACAAAACCUAGCUCUCUUAGGGAUAUCGUGAAGGAGCAGGAGAAGAUGACGACGUCAUCUCAUCCACCCCCUAGUCCAGUACCUAUCACCCAGAAACCAACUCCACCACAGGCUCAUCAAGGCGGAGCUUCCUGGUCACGUUCUGCAUCUUCCCCUUCACAGGCUAUUUCUCAAUCUUCCUCUCAGUCAAAGUCCAAAGGAGAUGAUGACCUUUUCUGGGGUCCAGUUGAGCAAUCUACCCAGGAAUCAAAACAGGGAGACUUUCCUCAUCUUACAAGUCAAAACAGUUGGGGAACCAAAAACACUCCUGGAAAAGUUAAUGCGGGAACUUCACUGAAUCGACAGAAAUCAGUUUCAACUGGAUCGGUUUUGUCUUCACCUGUUGUCACUCAGGGGUCACAAAAAGGGAAAAAGGAGGCAGUGACAAAACUCACAGAGGCGAAUGGCUUCAGAGAUUGGUGCAAAAGCGAAUGUCUCAGACUUCUUGGUUCAGAAGAUACAAGUGUCUUGGAAUUUUGUCUGAAGCUAUCCCGAUCAGAAGCUGAAACUCUACUGACAGAAAAUCUCGGGUCGCGUGAUCCGAACCACAAGUUCAUCGACAAAUUUCUCAACUACAAAGACCUGUUACCUUCAGAAGUAGUUGAGAUUGCAUUCCAAUCAAAAGGCUCGGGAGGAGUCGGGACACAAAACAACACAGGAGAAGACUAUUAUAACACUACCGCUGCAAACGACGGGUUCUCAAAAGUUGGAGGAAAGAAAAAGGCGAAGAAAGGAAAGAAGGUAAGCUUGAGCGCAUCCGUUUUGGGAUUCAAUGUGGUUAGCAACAGAAUCAUGAUGGGAGAGAUUCAGACAAUUGAGGAUUAGAGAUGAAGUUGGAGAUGUUUAUACACUUUUGGGCUUCAGUUUUCAUUGUACAUUUGGUUUUUAGGACAAAAAUCUUGGUCUCUUUUUAAUUUUAUGGGUGGAACUUGUUUUAUCUCUCUAGGAAGUUUUGUUGUUAGAUUACUUUCAGCGAGAUGAGGUUUUUUCAUGUUCCUCUUCCCUUUUUAGUGGCAACCCAAAAGAGAUGUUGGAUUUUGUUUGUUGUUUUACUUAUUAGACACCUUUUUUCUUCACCAAA